CUUAUUAAAUAGAAGUGAGAAUGGCCGAAGCAGGAGCUGGUAACUGGUGCUUGAUCGAAUCUGAUCCAGGAGUCUUCUCCGAACUCAUUCGGGGCUUCGGGGUCACCGGAGUACAAGUAGAAGAGAUUUACUCUUUAGAUGAAGAUUCUUUUGCACCGCUGAAGCCAGUUUUGGGACUUAUUUUCCUGUUCAAAAUUGAUGCCAACUCAGAUACCAAAAGCGAAGGCACUUUAGUGCAAGAUAACAGACUAGACGAAAUGUUCUUCGCCAAACAAGUAAUCCAGAAUGCGUGUGCGACACAGGCCAUCAUCAACCUACUCAUGAAUGCAAAACAGGAGUCACUUGACUUAGGCGACAACUUAAAAACAUUCAAAGAUUUUACCAAGUCGUUCGACCCGCAGACAGCGGGGCUUGCGAUGAGUAACCAGGAGCAGCUGCGAGAGGUACACAACAGCUUCGCCAGACAGCAGGUGUUCGAACUGGAGGACAACUCAGGCGCUAAAGAUGAGGACUUGUUUCACUUUGUGGGCUACUUGCCUGUUAACGGCAGGCUCUACGAGUUGGACGGUUUGAAUGAAGGACCUUUAGACCACGGUGCUAUUGGAGAGGGCGCAGACUGGUUGUCGAAGGCCAGAGAGGUGUUGCAGAAACGCAUUGAGAAAUACUCUUCCUCGGAGAUCAGGUUCAACCUCAUGGCAAUCAUCAAAGAUCGGCGACUGAAAUACGAGCAGGAAAUCGAAGAGCUGAAAACAAAAACUUCAGCUCAAUCAAGUGAAGAGAACUUGAUCGAAAUGGCGAGGCUUGAGUCACUUCUGGAAGCGGAAAAUAUGAAAUGGAAGCAGUAUAAAGUCGACAACAUAAGAAGACGUCACAACUACAUUCCACUAAUAGUGAAUGUGCUGCAAGUAUUAGCUGAACAGGGAAAGUUGACUGAGUUUUACGAGACGGCCGCAAAAAGAACUAAAGAACUGAAAAAAUCAGAAACGCAAUCGAAAUAACGGAAAACAAAGAAUUUUAAGUGGAAGAAGUAUGUAGAGAAAUGAAUAAGUGAUGGUGAAUUAAUUCAUGAAGCUGAUAAUGCAAUGGAUAUAUUAUUCUGAAAAUUUCAUUUGUUUUCCUUGUUUGAAACAUAAUUUAGU